CGAGAUGGUUGAGUCCUCGUCAAGGUUGCUGUGAUAUCCUAAAAAUCACCGUAGAGCUCACAUCGCGCAGUGACCGCACUCCCGCCACACGACAGCACUCUGCCUCCAACCGAGGACUAUCAAUACCACAAAUAGCCAGCGUACACUUUGUGAAUAUGAAAUCAGUUUAUAAAGCCGGAUACGUCGAUGGCAUUAAUGGAUUUUUAGUUAUUUCUAACAGAGGAUGUAUUAAAUGUGGACGAACGGACUUGGUUCAAGACAAAACGAUGAGGAUAAAAUCUGGCUUUAUAAUUUGGAAUAUUCUAUUUUCAAUGAUGUUCACAUACGUACAUGGUUUCAUUUUUACUUGUGGGGGGACUUUAAAAGGGAGGAAUGGCACCAUAGAAAGCCCCGGAUUCCCACACGGAUAUCCCAACGGUGCCAACUGUACGUGGGUUAUUGUGGCGGAGGAGAGGAACAGAAUUCACAUAGUUUUUCAGUCUUUCGCUGUGGAGGAGGAGUACGACUUUUUAUCUUUGUAUGACGGGCAUCCUCACCCGGCAAACUUUCGAACAAGGUUGACAGGAUUUCAGAUGCCAGCGCCUGUCACCAGCACAGGCUCUAUUUUCUCGCUGCGCCUCACCAGCGACUUUGCUGUGAGCGCUCACGGAUUUAAAAUAUAUUACGAAGAGCUACAAAGCAGUUCUUGUGGGAACCCCGGUGUGCCACCCAAAGGCGUCCUCAAUGGCACCCGCUUCAACGUGGGCGACAGGAUCCGCUACCACUGCGUGACCGGCUACAUCCUGGACGGUCACUCGCAGCUCACCUGCAUCACCAACACAGCGGCCAUGGCAGUGUGGGACUUCCCUGUGCCCAUCUGCAGAGCGGAAGACACGUGCGGUGGCACCCUGAGGGGCUCCAGUGGGGUGAUCUCCAGCCCGGACUUCCAGGGCGAGUACAAGAACAGCGGGGAGUGCACCUGGACCAUCCUGGCCGACAGUGGGGACACCAUCUCCCUGGUCUUCACCGAGUUCCAGUUGGAGAACAAGUUGGAAUACCUGGAGGUGGAGGGAUCCGAACCUCCAACAAUAUGGUUAUCGGGCAUGAACAUUCCAGUGCCCAUAGUCAGCAACAAGAACUGGCUAAGGCUGCAUUUUGUGACGGACACUAACCAUCGACAUAAAGGAUUUACAGCUCAGUACCAAGUGAAAAGAUCAGGAGAUUUCAAAUCGAGAGGGGUGAAGUUAUUACCUGGAAGAGAUAACACAAGCAAGUUUUCAAUCAUGAACGAGGGGGGUGUAAAGCAAGUGUCCAAUUAUUGCCCCGACCCCGGGGAACCGGAGAACGGCAAGCGCGUUGGCUCAGACUUCAGCAUCGGAGCCAGCGUGCACUUCACCUGUGACGGGGACCAUGUGCUCCAGGGCUCCAAGGCCAUUACGUGCCAACGAGUGGCCGAAGUGUUCGCCGCCUGGAGCGACCACCGGCCCGUCUGCAAGGUGAAAACCUGUGGCUCCAACCUCCAGGGGCCGUCGGGCACGUUCACAUCGCCCAACUUCCCCAUUCAGUACGAGAGCAACUCGCAGUGCGUGUGGAUCAUCACAGCCAGCAAUCCCAAUAAGGUUAUUCAAAUCAACUUCGAGGAGUUUGACCUGGAAAUCGGAUACGACACGUUAACCAUCGGAGAUGGUGCUGAAGUUGGUGACUCUCGGACCAUAAUACAAGUGUUAACUGGCAGCUUCGUUCCUGACUUAAUUGUCAGCAUGACCCAUCAAAUGUGGCUGCAUCUCCAGUCAGAUGAGAGCGUGGGGUCUAUAGGCUUUAAGAUCAAUUAUAAAGAAAUUGACAAGGAGAGCUGUGGGGAUCCCGGGACGCCACUGUAUGGAUUUCGGGAAGGCAGCGGCUUCUCCAAUGGGGAUGUGCUGCGCUUCGAGUGCCAGUUCGGUUUCGAGCUAAUCGGCGAGCGAGCGAUUUCGUGUCAGAAUAACAACCAGUGGUCCGCUAACAUUCCCAUCUGUAUAUUUCCCUGUUUAUCCAACUUCACAGCCCCCAUGGGGACGGUCCUUUCCCCCGACUACCCAGAAGGCUAUGGGAACAACAUGAACUGCGUGUGGCUCAUAAUUUCCGAGCCGGGCAGCCGCAUCCACCUGGCCUUCAACGACUUCGACCUGGAGCCGCCCUACGACUUCCUCACGGUGAAGGACGGCGAGGCGGUCAACGCCACGGUGCUGGGCCGCUUCUCGGGCGCCGAGGUGCCCUCGCACCUGACCAGCAGCACCCACGUGCUGCAGCUGGAGUUCCAGGCUGACCACUCCAUGUCUGGCCGAGGAUUCAACAUCACCUACAGCACAUUUGGCCACAACGAGUGUCCAGAUCCCGGGGUCCCGCUGAACGCGCGGCGCUUCGGCGAUAGCUUCCAGCUGGGCAGCUCCAUCUCGGUGGUGUGUGAGGAGGGCUUCAUCAAGACGCAGGGCUCUGACACCAUCGUCUGUGAGCUGGACGGGGACAGGGUGAUGUGGAGUGGAUUGAUCCCGAGGUGUGAAGCCCCAUGCGGCGCUCAUUUCUCGGCUCCAGUGGGGGUCAUCCUGUCUCCCGGCUGGCCAGGCUACUACAAAGACUCGCUCAGCUGUGAGUGGGUGAUUGAAGCCGAGCCCGGGCGCUCCAUCAAAAUCACCUUUGACAGAUUUCAGACGGAGCUCAGCUUCGACUUUCUGGAGGUACACGACGGGCCCAACCUGCUCUCGCCGCUAAUCGGCUCCUUCAACGGCUCGCAGGUCCCCCAGUUCCUGUUCAGCAGCGGCAGCUUCCUCUACCUGCUCUUCACCACCGACAGCAGUCGCUCCGACAGCGGCUUCAAGCUCUUUUAUGAAACUGUGGCGGUGGACAGACACUCCUGCUUAGACCCGGGGAUCCCCGUCAACGGGAUCCGCCACGGCCAGGACUUGUCCAUCGGUGCCAAGGUGUGGUUUGGCUGUGACCCGGGCUACCGGCUGAGCCACGAGGAGCCGCUGGUCUGCGAGAAAAACCACUGGUGGAGCCACCCGCUGCCCUCCUGUGAUGCGCUGUGCGGGGGUGACAUUCAGGGACCCGAAGGCAUCAUUCUGUCCCCUGGGUUCCCCGAGCUCUAUCCCAACUCAUUAAACUGCACCUGGACGGUGGAGGUCAGUCACGGAAAAGGGGUGCAGUUCACGUUCCACACCUUUCAUCUGGAGGACCACCACGACUACCUGCUGCUGACGGAGAACGGGAGCUUCGCCCAACCCCUGGCUCGCCUCACCGGCUCCCAGCGCCCCCCAUCCAUCAACGCCGGUCUUUACGGCAACUUCAGGGCGCAGCUACGCUUCAUCUCCGACUUCUCCAUAUCGUUCCAGGGCUUCAACAUCUCUUUCUCAGAGUACGACUUGGAACCGUGCAAAGACCCUGGCGUGCCCAAAUUUGGCUGGCACAGUGGCGGCGGGCACCUGGGCAUCGGCGACGCGCUGGUGUUUGCGUGCGAGAGCGGCUACCGGUUGCAGGGGCCGCGGGAGAUCACGUGCCUGGGUGGCGGUCGGCGUGUGUGGAGCGCACCUCUGCCAAGGUGUGUGGCCGAGUGUGGCUCGACCGUUUCCAACAACGCUGGCGUUUUGCUGUCACCCAACUACCCCAUGAAUUACGACAACAACCAUGAGUGCAUCUACAGUGUGGAGGUCCAGACGGGGAAAGGCAUCAACAUCUCUGCCAGCUCCUUUCAUCUUGCCCAAGGUGACAUCCUCAAGCUCUACGAUGGUCAAGAAAACUCUGCAGACGUCCUUGGCACGUUCUCAGGGACGACCAUGGUGGGCGUGUCUCUCACCAGCACGUCCAAUCACCUCUGGCUGGAGUUCUACUCUGAUCAGGACUCCACUGCUCAAGGCUUCAAGCUCAUUUACUCCAGUUUCGAGCUCUCCCACUGUGACGACCCGGGCGUGCCCCAGUUCGGCGCUAAAGUCAGUGACCAGGGCCACUUCGCCGGCAGCUCCAUCACCUACAGCUGCGACGCCGGCUACCGUCUCCAUGGCAGCAGCAUCCUUAGAUGCAUGACGGGCGAGCGCCGCACGUGGGACCACCAGCUCCCGUCCUGCAUAGCCGAGUGUGGGGGAAGUUUCCUGGGCGAGUCAUCGGGGAGGAUCCUGUCUCCUGGGUACCCUUUCCCUUACGACAACAACCUGCGCUGCACCUGGACCAUUCAGGUGGAUUCGGGAAACACAGUCAGCCUGCAGUUCCUGGCCUUCGAUACGGAGGCGUCCCAUGACAUCCUGAAGGUGUGGGACGGACGCCCGGAGAGCGAGAUGCUGCUGAGGGAGGUCAGCGGCUCGCUGCUGCCCGACGGAAUCCACAGCACCCUCAACCUCGUCACCAUUCAGUUCGAGACCGACUUCUACAUCAGCAAGUCGGGCUUCGCCAUCGAUUUCUCCAGCUCAGUGGCCACUGCGUGCAGGGACCCCGGCACACCCAUGAACGGCACGCGCAGCGGGGACGGCAAGGAGCCGGGCGACACGGUGAAUUUCGUCUGUGACCCGGGCUACGAGCUGCAGGGGGAGGGCAAAAUCACCUGCAUCCAGGUGGACAACAGGUACUACUGGCAGCCCAGCCCCCCCACCUGCAUAGCUCCAUGUGGAGGGAAUGUGACUGGCUCCUCUGGGUUCAUCCUCUCCCCAAACUACCCGCACCCCUAUCCACACAGCAAGGACUGCGACUGGUUCGUCACCGUGCACACGGACUACGUUAUCUCAUUGGCUUUCAUCAGCUUCAGUAUCGAGCCAAACUACGACUUCCUGUACAUCUACGACGGCAGCAGCAGCAGCCACCUGAUCGGGACCUUUCAGGACAGCAAGCUUCCAGAGAAGGUGGAGAGCACAUCCAACAUCAUGCACAUAGCCUUCCGCAGCGAUGGCUCCGUCAGCUACACCGGCUUUCACCUGGAGUAUAAAGCCAAGCUGCGGGAGUCGUGUUUCGAUCCUGGCACGGUGAUGAAUGGCACUCGGCUGGGGAGUGACUACAAGCUGGGCUCCAGCGUGACCUUCCACUGUGACGCCGGCUACCUGCUGCAGGGCUACUCCUCCCUCACCUGCCAGAUGGGCGACACUGGACGGCCCGAGUGGAGCCGGCCGCUGCCCAGCUGCCAAGCUCCAUGUGGAAGCCGCUCGACGGGAUCCGAGGGCACGGUGCUGUCUCCCAACUACCCCCGCAACUACACCCUGGGCCACACAUGCUUGUACGAGGUCGCCGUGCCGGGAGAGUUUGUGCUCUUUGGGCAGUUUGUCGUCUUCCAGACUACCACACAUGACAUGGUGGAGAUUUAUGAUGGACCCUCACAAGAGUCUCCCCUGCUGGCCUCCUUACAUGGCUCUCACUCAGGGGAGACCUUGCCUCUAAGCUCGGGAAAUGAAAUCACAAUCAAGUUUACCUCCGAAGCGCCAAACCCUGCCAAGGGAUUUCAUUUCGUGUAUCAAGCUGUGCCAAGGACCAGUGCAUCGCAGUGCAGCUCGGUGGCGGAGCCGCGCUUCGGCAAGCGUCUCGGCAACGACUUUGGCCUGGGUGCCAUGGUGCUGUUUGAGUGCAACCCUGGCUACACGCUGCACGGAGCAACGGCCAUCCGCUGCGAGGCCGUGCCCAACACCCUGGCCCAGUGGAAUGGCACUGAGCCCACCUGCACUGUUCCCUGCGGAGGGGUUCUGACUGCGCGCCGUGGGACCAUUCUGUCUCCCGGAUACCCGGAUCCCUAUGACAACUAUCUCAACUGUGCUUGGAAGGUCUUCGUGCCAGAGGGUGCUGGGAUCCAAAUCACAGUCGUGAGUUUUGCCACCGAGCACAACUGGGACACGCUGGAAUUCUACGACGGCGUUGACAGCGACGCGCCGAGGCUGGGAAGUUAUUCAGGCACCACCAUCCCACCAGUCCUCAACAGCACCUCCAACAACCUGUACCUGACGUUCCAGUCGGACAUGAGCAUGUCCGGCACGGGCUUCCACCUGGAGUACACAGCGAUAGGUUUGGAUUCCUGCCCAGAGCCCUCGGCCCCCAGCAAUGGAGUCCGACUGGGUGACCGCUACAUCGUGGGCGACGUGGUCUCCUUCCAGUGCGAGCAGGGCUACAGUCUGAAGGGGAGUGCGCAUAUAACGUGCAUGCCGGGACCCGUCAGGAGGUGGAACUACCCAGUGCCCCUCUGUCUUGCCCAGUGCGGCGGCUCCUUGACUGACUUCAGCGGGGUAGUCCUGAGCCCAGGCUUCCCAGGGAAUUACCCUAGUGGCCUUGACUGCAACUGGACUGUAAAGCUCCCUGUUGGCUUCGGAAUUCACCUGCAAUUCCUGAACUUCUCCACGGAGGCCGUCCACGAUUACCUGGAGGUGCGUAGCGGAACGGCGGAGGCCGGCGCCGUCAUCGACCGGUUCAGCGGCUCGGUUGUUCCGGACUCCUUCUUCAGCACCACCCACGAGACCAGCUUUGUCUUUCACAGCGACUACUCGCAGAACAAAGCCGGUUUCCACAUCACCUACGAAGCGUACGAGCUGCAGAGGUGCCCGGACCCGCGGCCGUUCCGCAAUGGCCUGGUGAUCGGCAGCGACCUGGGGGUAGGGAUGACCAUCUCGUUCGAGUGCCUGCCAGGAUACACGUUGCUGGGGGAGCCGUCCCUCACCUGCCUGCACGGAGUGAGCCGGAACUGGAACCACCCUGUGCCACGCUGUGAAGCGCUCUGUGGUGGAAAUAUCACGUCCCUGAAUGGCACCAUCUAUUCCCCCGGGCAUCCAGCCGAGUACCCCAACUUCCAGGACUGCAUGUGGACCAUCCGGGUUGCCCCAGGGAACGGGAUCUACAUCAACUUUACCCUUCUCAAUACAGAGCCCAUUUAUGACUACAUCACUGUCUGGGACGGCCCCGACCAGGGUUCCCCUCAGAUUGGCCAGUUCAGUGGCAGCUCCACCCAGGAGGCGGUGCACAGCACCUCCAACCACAUCCUCAUCAAGUUCCACAGCGACUUCAGCACCAGCGGCUUCUUUGUGCUCACCCACCACGCAUACCAACUUCGUGUGUGUCAGCCCCCAUCACCUGUGGCCAACGCUGAGGUGCUGAUGGAUGACGAGGAAUUUCAAAUAGGAGACAUAAUCAGGUACCGCUGUCUGCCCGGCUUCACCCUGGUGGGCAGUGAGAUCUUGACCUGCAGAUUAGGGGAGCGGCUGCAGAUGGAUGGUCCUCCGCCUCUCUGCCAAGCACAAUGCCCAGACAACAAAGUGCUCUUCGAUGCCACGGGGGUCCUCCUUAGCCCCGGUUUCCCCGACAGCUACCCCAACCUGCAGAUGUGUUCCUGGCUCAUCAACGUGGAGAAGGGCUACAACGUCACCCUGCACUUCGAGCUCUUUCAGACCGAGAAGGAGUUUGACAUUCUCGAGAUCUUUGACGGGCCCAACAUCUACAGUCCGAGCCUGGCGGCCCUGAGCGGAGACCUAGCGGUGCCCUUCAAUGUCACCACCAGUGGACACCAGCUGCUGCUGCGCUGGUCGUCUGACCACGGCACCAACAAGAAGGGCUUCCGCAUCACAUACGUUGGUGAGUAUCAAACCAUGUACUGUAGCACUCCAGACUCGCCGCAGCACGGCUUCGUCAUGAGCCAGACGGGCGGCCACGUCAACAGCGUGGUGCGCUGGGCCUGCGACCGCGGCUACCGGCUCAUCGGCAAGGGCUCGGCCACGUGCCGCAAGACGCCCUUCGGCCACCUCGCCUGGGACUCCUCGGUGCCCGCGUGCCAAGCGGUGUCUUGCGGGAUGCCGGCGGCGCCUGUCAGCGGAGGCGUGCUGGCAGCGGAUUACUCGGCGGGCACCCGGGCGACCUACUUCUGCAACGAGGGCUUCCGCCUCUCCUCCAAAGAGGUGACCAGCACGGUGUGUCAGGCGGACGGACUAUGGAGCAACCAUAACAAGAUCCCGCGGUGCACAGUCGUGGUGUGCCCCAGCAUCGGCUCCUUCACCCUGGACCACGGCAAGUGGCGUAUCGUCAACGGCUCACGCUACGAGUACGGCACCAAAGUGGCCUUCGCCUGCAACCCUGGCUACUACCGCCUGGGGCCGGCCCACAUCCACUGCACCGCCAACGGCACCUGGAGCUGGCGCAACGAGAGGCCGCGCUGCAGGAUUAUUUCAUGCGGGGAGCUGCCCACGCCGUCUAAUGGGAGGAAGAUUGGAACGCAGAUGACCUUCGGAGCCACGGCCAUUUUCACUUGCAACUCGGGCUACAUCCUCGUGGGUUCCACCGUCCGCGAGUGCUUGGCCUCAGGACUCUGGAGUGGACCCGAGACCCAGUGCCUCGCCGGUCACUGUGGUAUCCCGGAGCCCAUUGUGAACGGUCAGGUGGUGGGCGAGAACUUUGGCUACCGGGACACGGUGGUGUACCAGUGCAGCGCCGGCUUCAGACUCCUGGGCUCGUCUGUCCGCAUCUGCCAGCAGGACCACCAGUGGUCCGGACUGCUCCCCUCCUGCGUGUCUGUGAGCUGUGGCCACCCAGGCAGUCCUAUCUACGGCCGCGCGGUGGGCGAGGGCUUCAACCUCAACGACGUGGUCAGCUUCUUGUGCAACAACGGCUACAUCCUGGAAGGGCCCUCUCAGACCCAGUGCCAGGCCAGCCGGCAGUGGAGUCACCAGCCUCCAACUUGCCGAGUGGUCAACUGUACCGACCCGGGCAUCCCAGCCAACUCAAUCAGGCAGAGCAAAAUCGAGCACGGCAAUUUCACCUUUGGAACCGUUGUCUCGUUCGACUGCAACCCUGGCUAUUACCUUUUCGGGUCCUCCGUGCUUACGUGCCAGCCGAUGGGUUACUGGGACAAGCCCUUACCAGAGUGCAUCGAGAUUGACUGCGGUCACCCGGGGCUGCCCCCUCAUGGGGUGCUGAUGGGGGAGAAGUUCACGUUCGGCUCCACCGUGCGCUACGCCUGCUCCAGCGGGCGAGAGCUGGUGGGCGAGACGACGCGCACCUGUCAGCUCAACGGCCACUGGAGCGCCCCGCUGCCACACUGCUCAGGGGAGAGCUCGGGGAGCUGUGGGGACCCCGGCACGCCGGCGCACGCCAGCCGUGAGGCCGGUAGCUUCCAGCUCCGCAGCAAGGUGCGCUUCACCUGCCACACGGGCCACACGCUCUACGGCUCAGCCGAGCGGAUCUGCUUCCCCAACGGCACCUGGUCGGGCAAGCAGCCCACCUGCAAACCGGUGCAGUGUGGAAACCCGGGCACUCCUGCUAACGGGCGUGUUUCGCGAGUGGACGGCACUUCCUUCUCCCACGCCAUCAUGUACUCGUGUGCCGACGGCUACCGCCUCUCCGGAGCACCCGCCCGCACCUGCCUGGCCAACGGCACCUGGUCAGGCUCUGAGCCUAACUGCACCUUGAUCAGUUGCAGUGACCCUGGCAUCCCGGCCAACGGCCUGCGCUUGGGAGAGGACUUCACCGUCGGACAGAACGUCACCUUCACGUGCCAGCCGGGCUUCGUCAUGGCAAACAGCAGCGGCCCGAGCCGCACCUGCACCCAUAACGGCACAUGGAGCGAGCCUCUGCCAGCCUGCAAAGCCGUGACGUGCCCUGCGCCGCCCCCUGUCCACCGCGGCCGCGUGGAGGGCAGUGUGUUUGAGUGGGGCACCAGCGUGAGCUACAGCUGCCUGCCGGGGUACGAGCUCUCCUUCCCCGCCAGACUCACCUGCGUGGGCAACGGAUCCUGGGCUGGAGAACUGCCCCUGUGUCUGCCCAAGUUCUGCGGAGAUCCGGGGCUUCCGGCGCGAGCCCGCAGGGAGGGGCAGAGCUUCAUCUACAAGGCCCACGUGGUGUUCAGCUGCAGCGCCCCCUACGUGCUGGUGGGAUCCUCUGCACGCGUGUGCCAGGCCGACGCCUUCUGGAGUGGCCUCCAGCCCCGCUGCAUCGAGCCAACCAGGAACACGUGUGAGAAUCUCGGUGUGCCGGAGUUUGGCUCUCUGAAUAACAGCCUGGGCUUCAAGGUUGGCAGCACGGUGAAGUUCCACUGCCAGCCAGGGCACCUGCUCCUGGGCUCCACCACGCGCACCUGCCAGCCCGACCUCACCUGGAGUGGAGACCAGCCCCAGUGCCUCCCUCACUCCUGCAAGCAACCAAAGAGUCCAGCCCAGGCCAGCGUGGUUGGCAUGGACCUGCCGUCCUUCGGGUACACGCUCAUCUACUCGUGCCAGCCCGGCUUCUUCCUGGCCGGGGGCUCGGAGCACCGCGUGUGCCGCUCCGAUGGCACGUGGACGGGCAAAGUUCCGGUCUGCCGAGCGGGCUCGAAAACCUCCGAGAAAGCCGUGGUGGCCGACCAAGGCACGCCGAGUCCCAAGAUUAACGUUCCCGAUGACGUGUUUGCGCUGGCGUAUGUCUGGAGAGGCUCGUUCGAGCACCGUGGCGUCAAGCAGCCCAUGACUCUGACCAUCACGAGCCUGAACGUGACCACCGGCCGAGUCAAUGUGACGCUGAGCGACGGCGACGUGGAGCUGCUGCUCUCAGGUGUGUACAAGAGCCGUGAGGCGCGACUGACCCUGCAGCUGCACCACAGCCAGACGCUGGCCCACAGCACCUACAGCAAGACCACCGAGGACACCUGGGCCAUGGACGGCUUUGUUUCCGCCGAGCCCGACCGCGGCACGUACGUCUACCAAGGCUUCAUACAGGGGAGAGACUACGGGCCGUUUGGACUGCAAAGACAAGAUGCUUACCUGGCAGGUCUGAACCUUACGGAGACAACGAGGACACCUGAGGCUCCCCACGGAACAAACAGCAGCUCUGUGGCCAUCGCAAUCCUUGUGCCUUUCUUCGCCCUGAUUUUUGCAGGCUUUGGAUUUUACCUUUACAAACAGCGGAAGACCGAUAAAACGGAGUAUUCCGGCUGCUCGGUGCACGAGAACAACAAUGGCCAGGCCACGUUCGAGAACCCCAUGUACAACACCAACUCCAAAUCUAUUGAAGGCAAAGUCGUGCGCUUUGACCCCAACCUCAACACUGUCUGCACAAUGGUUUGAUAAAGGGGUCCUCCUUGGAUGGAACAUAACGUCUUUUAAAGGGAUGUUCUUUUUUUUUGUAAAUGGGUGACAACCUUAUUUUUGAAAGAUUACUUGCCUGCAGAAAACCACAAGCACACUUGAGUGAACCUCAUGAUCCGGCGAAUUGGAUCUAUUGAGAGAGAGAGAGAGAGAGAGAGA